AUGAUUGCGAAGAACUCCAGCAAGUCGGCAGACUCUGCCUCGCAAAUCGUAGAGCAGCCAGCCCAGGGCCCCAUCACCGGGCGAGUCUUGCGAUUCUUUCGAGACCAGCCCCAGGAACUAAAGCUGUCGGCAACUGCUCCAAGCGCAAAAGGUUGGGUCUCCACCUUCGAGUUUCUGACUACAUACCUUUACCAGGCUAUGUACCGCGCGCGAGUCCAGCUGCUUCGACCUCAAGGUGUACCCUCUUCCCAAGCAGCGGACCGGAUCUCGCGCGGAAUCUUCGCCUCCAUCGACAUGCGUGGCCCCAGUCGUCUAAAGCUUCUGGAGGACGGUGCUUUGUGGGCGGUCACCAAGACGCUGCACGACCUCAUCCGCGCUCCGGAUGCGCAGCAAAUGAAACAGACCACAUCGAUACGACUAUCAACCGAGGAGGACUUGAUGUCGACGGUAGAGGACGGUGGCAAGCCCACUGCGGACGAUGUCAAUCUGACCCUUUCAGCAUCGCUGUGGCCGGCCCUCGACGCAGAUGAGGAAAAUCGGAAGACUUUGCCUGAGAGUAGAGGGCCUCCACUUCGCACAAGGAUUGCCGAUAUGCCGCAUCUUGUCGCUUUCUUUGGGGCCCUACAUCGACUGCGACGGUGUGUCGGGGCCUCCCUGAGAGCCAAUACUUCGUCCGAUCCCGACUAUAGGGCGCGUCCCGAGCCUUUCUCUCAACUCGAAGCUAUACCAAGCACCUAUGCGCCUGUUAUCCAGCUACUCCAUUCAACUAGUAGGGGAGACAUCGAGGCGCCGCAGUAUCAAACAGGGCAAUCGCACCCUGAUGAUGAUCCGGAUUCGCUCACACCAGUGAGCGACGCACCUGUCGGUUCUCUGGGAAAUGUGUAG